AUGAAAGAAAAAGCCCGGUAUCGGUGGCCACAUCUAGCGUACACUGCACAUGCAGAAAGUCCGGGGUUAGCGUCGGCAAUUCUCCAACGCCUCAACGUACCCACAACGCCAUCACGCCAUCCUUUUCCUUCUUUUCCCCAUCAUACUCUGAAUCCCAAGCUUGAGAAAUCCCAUUCAAACCGUCUACCGAUAUAUGCAUGUCAAUGCCCAUUAAGCCAUUACACCAUGACCAACAUCUCAACUUGGCCGUGUGGGGAUCCGAUUACCUAG